GUAGGAUCAGAGCUGCUCAGCUCAGACCAGUCUCUGCAGCUGGAGGAGACACACAGCAGCUGGCACUGAUCCAAACCCUGCAAAAACUGGAGGAGACACACAGCAAUUCCUACUGUUUCAAAGGCUGCAGCAGCUGGAGGAGACACACAGCAGCUCCCACUGAUCCAAACCCACCAGAGGCUCCCACUGAUCCAAACCCACCAGCAGCUCCCACUGAUCCAGACUAGACACACACAGCUCCCACUGAUCCAAACCCUGCAGCAGCUGGAGGAGACACAGCUCCCACUGAUCCAAACUUACUAACAGCUGGAGGAGACACACAGCUCCCACUGAUCCAAACCCACCAGCAGCUCCCACUGAUCCAAACCCACCAGCAGCUCCCACUGAUCCUAUUAAUCCUAUUAAUAGCUGUACUAGACACACACAGCUCCCACUUAUCCAAACCCUGCAGCAGCUGGAGGAGACACACAGCUCCCACUGAUCCAGACACUGCAGCAGCUGGAGGAGACACACAGCUCCCACUGAUCCAAACCUUGCAGCAGCUGGAGGAGACACAGUUCCCACUGAUCCAGACCCUGCAGCAGCUGGAGGAGACACAGCUCCCACUGACCCAGACCCUGCAGCAGCAAGCAUGGAGAAAAUGUCAAGGGUGCUCCCUCUGAAUCCAAGUUUUAUACCCCCUUCAUAUGGGGUGCUGAAAUCCCUGCUGGAAAACCCCCUGAAACUGCCCCUACACCAUGAGGAUGGUAUGACAGCUGCAAUCUUACAUAGAAUUAUAUGUAACAGAAUAUAUAGAGCUGGGAUAUAAUGUAUCGAAAUUAUUAUAUAUAAUAUAAUACAAUAUAGAGCUGGGAUAUAAUAUAUAGAGCUGGGAUAUAAUGUAUAGACAUUAUUAUAUAUAAUACAAUAUAGAGCUGGCAUAUAAUGUAUAGAGCUGUGAUAUAAUGUAUAGAAAUUGUUACAUGUAAUACAAUAUAGAGCUGGAAUAUAAUAUAUAGAGCUGGGAUAUAAUCAAUGUAAUUUAAUAUAAUAUAUUAUAGAGAUGGGAUAUAAUAUAUAGAGCUGGAAUAUAAUCAAUGUAAUUUAAUAUAAUAUAUUAUAGAGAUGGGAUAUAAUAUAUAGAGCUGGAAUAUAAUAUAUAGAGCUGGGAUAUACUGUAUAGAUUUAAUAUAUAAAUAAUAUAAUACAAUAUAGAGCUGGAGUAGAAUGUAUAUAUUACUAUAGCUAAGAAUAUAAUAUAAUGAAUAUAAUAUAUAUAUAAUGUAUAGCUAGAAUAUGAUAUAUAUAUAUAUAUAUAAUAUGGAAUACAGGGCUGGAGUAUAAUAAAUAAUAUAAUAUAUAUAAUAUAAUAUAGCUGCUAUUUAAUAUAGUGUAUAGAUGUAGUAUAAUAUAUAGUGUAUAUGUUAAGUAUAAUACAAUAUAUGUAAUAUAUAGCUGACGUUUGAUAUAGAAUAAAAUUUAUAUAGUGUUUAGCUGGACUAUAAUACAUACAUUCCAAUAUAAAGACAGGAGGAGAGGAGUGUAUAGUGUCCCACUAAGGUAAACUAACAGUUGGAGCUACACUAUAGAGAGCGGGGCUUGUCCAGUAUUGCAAUCUAAAAUGACAGUAUUAUUUAUAUAUGGGACUGAACUGUAUAGCCAGGGGAAGGGAUUAUAGAUUAUCGAUUCACUGUUUAUCUGUAUCGUAUGAUUUCCUGCUCUCAAUGUGCGUUAGGGGGCAUCUUGCGUAUUCUUGGGAUCUGUUAAGCCGUAUAUAUAGGUUUCGUUUACCAAUCUGCCUCCUCCUUCCCCCACGAUAUGACCCUGUGGUGGUCAUUUUAUUAUUCCUACAAUGAGAUACUAUAACUAUCUCAUUGUAUAGGGCAGGCUGUAUGUGUGAAAUAAUGCACAUAUGACAAUAUAACACAUAGUGGAGUAAUAUGUUUAUACAGAAGUCUCAGCUGUUUAAUGCGAUGAUGUUAAACAAUCUGGACAAUCACGAGGGGUCCCGCGCUGCCAAAAUUAAUCACAUUUUCUAGAGAACACAGGUCUUUGUGUCCUGAGACGCCGAGGGCUGUUUGUCGCCAACUCGGUUUGGGAUCGGAUUUAGGGAUGAAAGAUUUCCUGGGAAAGGCAGAUCUCGUUGACACGUUGUUUAGUUUAGUUUGUCCCUUAAUGAGAUUACGUUAAAGCUUUCAUUAUGUGGGCACGUGGUACUCUUCACCCGAUAGAUGGUCAUUGGCUCGGUAAAUCGGAGCUUGUGAUUAGAAUAUAAUUUACUGACCGCUGUCAGUAGCCCAUCGUAGAAAGAAAUGAUAUUGCCAAAUUAAGUGACAGCAGUUGGUAUGGGACAGAGAACUGCAUUUGGCAACAUCACCAUAGAAACCAGCGAAUUUCUCAAAAAGUAGCACUUUACCCUGUUAUUACCCACUUUAGCACAGUCUGGCACCUCAUAGUUAAAAAGGGCAUUAUUUACUGAACAGAGAGUCGUGUGGAUUUAACAAGUGACUCGGACUGUAUUGUAGCACGUUUUGAAGAAUUUCUAAAUACACAACUUAGAAAGAAAUAUUGCAAAGAUAUUGUGUUCCUUCUUAGGUUAAAGACGCCUUCACUGCGCAGCUCACCACAUUUAAAUGCAUGGCUUGGUGAAUGACCCCCUUUACCCUGCAGCUCGAUGGCAUGCCAGACCCCAAAACUCUUGUAAAAUGAUUACCAGAGUCUAACGUUUAAAACCGUUUUCACUGUAUACAGUGUAACAUCCAUCUGUAAAGCUAACACUCACAGCUGAUUGAAGUAUUUUAACUGCUAUCUGUUUGAACGGUUUAACCCCCCCGUAACGCACAAAGUACUUUAGACAUAGCCUCAGUGGGUGCAGCGUGAAGUUAUUUACAGUGAGCAGAAUUGAUUCUCUGUGUGAAUACUCGCUGGCAAUAGGCCAAAUAGACUUUUAAAUUGUAAAUAUGAAGAAAGGGAGGUAAAAAUGACAUUCAGCGCUACUUUUACAAAACAUCGGCAGAUUGCAGUAAAAUAUCCCCGAACGACUGGCUGCAGGCAGCGCAUUGUUAGAAUCUAAACCUGGGUGCUUAUUUACUAAACAGUGAGAUCUGGUAGUGAUAUCAAAUCGCAGUUCCAGAUUGGCUGCUGGAGCCUAAUCCCUGUUUUUAAUAUAUUUGUCUGUUUAGUAGACAUGUCCCUGUGGCGGUUUGCUGUACACGCUCCCCCAUAAAUAGUAAAAAUCUAUUCCUCCCCUCAGAGAAAACCUCAACGCAUUUAUAAACAAUUAAAGGCGCAGAAAUAUAUGUUAGAAGCGGGCUGCGCACCACGUGUCUAGGGGAAAUAAAUUGAGUUUUAUUUAUUUUAUCACUCCUGUCUCUUUCGUGUGAUUUGUUCAUUUUCUGACGGUGAAACUCACAACCUCAGCUGCUGUUUCAUUUGGCUCCAGGGGCCGUUUGCAGAAACUGUUAAAUGAUGAAAAACUAACAGGGUUUAUUGAAAGUGAGAAUUCAAAGUAUAUUCAAAGAGAAUUUCAAAUUUAAGGCCAAGGUAGCUGAACUCAGAGCAUAGCUGACUGAGGAUUUUUUUCAGUUCGUCUAUUGUAUCCUUAAAUUUGAAAUUCACAACAAUUCUCACUUAGAACACAAUACAACGUUAGCUUAAUGAAGCAGUUUAGUGUAUAGAUCAUGCUAUACGGAGGGGGAAGCUAUAGUGCCAGGAAAACAAGCUUGUUUUCCUGGCACUACAAUAGUUUCCCUUUAAAAGGAGGUUAACACUCUUGGAUAUUAAUUAUAAAAUAGUUUUAAUAAGUAAAGUACCCGACUUGGUAUAAUAUAAAACAACACUCUAUUUCCAUAACAAUUUAAUCUAAAUGAAAUUGUUAUGAUGCCCCCAAGCACACUCUUACCUUAAAUUAAGUCUUAAGUUAAACUUGCUUGGAAACUGGUUAAACUCCAAAGGUGCCUCCAGCGCCAAUCUCCAAGUCCCCCAGGUGGGAUCGGGUUUCAGAAUAUGAAUUACAGGAAGCACAGAGUGCCGCUGGGCAGGGGCGCCGCUGAUUAGCUAAAGCGGUUGGCUGACGCUCUAAGCAAAACAGUAGCUGCCCAUUCAUAAAAAAAGGUACGUAACCGAAUCUUUACAGUUUGGCAAUUUUAAGCUAAAGUUUAAAAUUCAAUUUGGAGUCUCCUUAAAUUCUCACUUUGGUAAAUAAUCCUGAGUCUAUUUGAGUUAAAAUAACAAUAAAACUCCAAGACAAUCAAAUCGAAGCUAAACGUACCAUUUCUGGCUCAAUUAGAUAAUUCAAUUUUAUUUUAAUGAGUAUUAUUUUGUAGCUAAUGGGCAGACAUGUUUUACUGGAGAGAAACAUAUUCGUGUUUACCAAGGUAAACUUGGAGCAGUUGGAAUUUGAAACACAUCUGGAGCAAUCACCAGAGACCCCAAUGCAUCGCUCCAAUUACCCAGUCACUUGCAUCAAGUAUGAUUUAAUACAAGUGACUCCGGUAUAAUAACUUCACUUUACCGAACUGUGCCAAAUUCUCCACCAAAGUGUAACAUUUUUCACUAAGCUACAUAUUGCAUUCAGUAUGUCUGUAGGACUUAAUGGGGCACUUCAAAUACCUAAAGCACUUUAACUUGUUUUUUUCAUUUUACAAAAAGUUUAGAUUUCUAUAGAAAUUAGCACUUUUAUAAAUUAACCUUGUUACACCUCCAUGGCUGUCAACCAGAUAGCAGGUCCUGUCACUCCCUGGUUAGGUUAGCUCAGUGGAACUAAACUCUAGAGGCAGCAAUUACCCAGAGUUCCUGCCGUGUAAAGACCUCUCAUUGAGCUGCAUUGGGAAGUCUGUGAUUGGACAGCCACGGAAAGUCUGGGCGGAGUUAGAAGAGGAGGGCUUGUAAAAGCUGCAGACAAUAGAUUUGCAGUUUUCACAAGCUGUUUUUAGAUAUACUCUUGAUGAAAAAAUGCACAAUUAUAUGCAAACAUAUUUUCAUUGGGGAUAUAUCUACUAAAUUGUAAAAAACUAACAUUUUUUUCCAUUGUUCAUUUUAGUUGCUUUCAAUCAGUUUGAUUUUUUUAGAAAUGACUGGUCUUGUUUUUUCCACAGCCUUCUUUAAAGAAAAGGACAAAGAGAAGAAGUUGGAGGAUGAAACCACAGGAUCCACUGUCCCGCAAUCAGCUUUCUUGGGGCCAACUCUCUGGGAUAAGACCCUGCCGUACGAUGGCGACACCUUUCAGUUGGAAUACAUGGACUUGGAAGAAUUCCUGUCUGAGAACGGUAUCCCUCCCAGCCAGUCCCCACAUGAAAUCAGCCACCAUCAGCCUACACUAUCACAAGCUCCUGUGCCCACCCCUUCCAUCAUUGACCUCAGUAGCCGAGCGUCCACAUCUGUUAUACCAGGCUUGGUAGCUCCAAACUGCAUGCACAGCCCAGUGACACCUGGUAAGUUCUGACAAUAAUUGAUAAAUUAACACGCACACUCUCUCCCUAUCUCUCUCAAUGUCCACCCACCAGUUUGUACUUCUUGUACUCCUUUAGUGAGUUUGAAAUGAGGGCAGUAUAAGGUACGGUGAUGGACUGCACUAAAAUAUUGUCUGCCGACCUGUGCGGUCGGACAGCCUCUGCCGAUCUGUGCGGUCGGACAGCCUCUGCCGAUCUGUGCGGUCAGACAGCCUCUGACAAUUAGUGAGGACAGGACUCUAUCAGGCUUUUGCAAAUCAGAGAGCCUCUCUCAGCCUCUCUUAGGAAUCUCUUGGGCAGAAUUUGAAUCUAGCCAAUCUACAGAAAAGAAAGGAAUGGCCCCUAAUAUUUGCCAAGUUACAGACACAGGAACAUAUUAAAAAGUUGCAGAAAGCUGGUGGAUAAAUGUCCUCCUUUGUUUUGCUCGUCCUUUAAGUCCUUGCAUAUCUGUGGAAGUGCGUGAGGUAAUUAUUUGCGCUCUCUACUCUUAUAGGAUCAUUUCAGAGAGCUGGAGAGACCAGGAUUAGUAUACUGGGUUAAACUCUCCGUUUUAGCGUGAGGUGGCAUUCCAGCAGAUGAAUUUAUCUCAAGGCCACCUGUAACCAUGGAUAAAAUAUAUGGACGUGUGAGCUCACCGCGUGAUGCAGCAGUGCUGGUUGUUGUUUAUAUGUUGUAUCUUAACAAUGACAAUAAUCCGAGCGGUCGAGGCAUUGAGUUUAUUUUAAGGCAGCCCUUACAAGAUGCUGUGAGGAUGACUUUACUUUCUCUGUAUUGAAGUGGAACGAAUGAUCAUAGAACACGAUGAGUGGGCAAAAUAUCGAUAGCUGAAAGUGCCAGGUCCAGUUACUACUUAGUGGACUGACGAUGAUAUGGAGGGGCGGGAGAAGGUACUUACUCUGGUUGAUAUGCAGCAGUCAUAAAAAUUAUUUGAAUAAUUAAUACAGUUAUGCAAAUUGCUGCUUAGUUAACCAGAAUAAUCAACAGAACUGACGCGAGUGAUAAACACUUAAAGAUUCAACAUUCUGUAGAUUAAGUGAAAUUCCAAUGAUGAUCUUUCUAAGGGGUCUGAUAUCCAAAAGUGGUUUAGACAGUGCCGCUCUCCAGUCCUUUAAAGGGACGCCAUAGCCACCGGAGCCUCUACAGCUUAAUGUAGUGAUUAAGCACCAUAAACAGAGAAAAGGCACUGUUUACAUUGCUGCCUAGGAACACCUCUAAGGACCGUCACUCAGACAGCCAUUAGAGGUGCUUCCUAGUCAAGUGCUGUACACGAUGCAGCACCUACAUAUCCUAAAUGCGCAAUAGCCUCCCAAUGCUUUCCAAUAGGAAAGCAUUGGAUUGGCUGAAAUCAUUAAGAUUGACGAUCUCAGCCAGGGAGGCGGAGUAAGGCGGGGCCAGCCAUGAGAAAGACUGGUGCGGCUUGGGAGAAAAGGGUACGUUUUAAAAUCUUUUUACUGCUCUGACAGGCGGCCGGAAACCUAAAUAGCUAUUUUAACACUAUAGUGUCAGAAAUACAUGUUUGUGUUCCUUCAAGGUGGUAUUUACUAUAAUGCAGCAAAGGUUAAUGUUGGUCUACAAGCUGGCUAAGCAUCGUGGUAAAUGUAGUGAAUAAAAGCAAUUCUAAAUUAAAAUGCAAAUUGAGAAAGAUUUACUAUUUUCCUGUAAAUUAUAAAACUUAUAUCCAAAUUGAAUAUUUUUUUUUUUAAAGUGUUUAACAAGUCUAAAAAAGAUUAAAGCAACAUUUAGACAGUUUUUAAGUUUUUCGGUAUUUACUUUUAGCUGUUAGCUUUUCCAUUUCCUUCACACAGAGAACCCUUCUUCAUACAUUCCCAAACAUGCUUCAAUAAUAUAGACAAAUGAAGCUUGAAAGGUUUAAUCUCUGUCUAAAUACAGGCUGGAGGAUGCAGUGUGAGUUGUACUGUGCAUUUUCCAGUUACUGAAUGCAAUAUGCUGUUUGCCGUGGUACAGGCAUAAAAUUGGAACAGAGUAAUUGGAAGGUGUCUGUCGUCUCCCUCCCUUGUUUACCUGUGGUAAUCUGCCCUAAUGGGAGGCGGGAACGAGAAUGCCUGUGAAAACAUUUCAUCUUCGAUGACUGCUGAUUAGAACACUCUGCGUACACACGCGUUUUACCAUGUGAGAAACGCCUUCUACUGUACCAUUGGCUAAUGGCCAGCUGGAUACAGUAACAUCCCAGAUUGUCAUCUUUUAUUUAACCUGUACUACAGCACCAGCCCCAGGGCAGCAAUUCCCACCAUCCACAGCCAGCAGGAAAUAGCAUUGAUUCAGAUAUCAGAAAUGUACAUUUUUGUCAAAAUGAAAAUUAAGGUGAUCAGAUUUUUACAUCAGAGAAACAGUGUAUCGUGAAUUUUUUGUCCAUGCUAUCUCUGCACUGUAAAUACAUUCUUAAGGCAGUGAAGCAAUUCAUUUUUACAAAAAUUUGCAACGUCUUUAUGGGGUGAAGUUAAUUAAAGAAGAGCAUUGUGUUUGAAGAGAGCCCUGUACUCUGCAUUUCUCAUAUUAAACGAUUAGUAAUUUACUCCUUUAACAUGUUUCCCUUUAAUCACUCGAUCAUAAGAAGCUCUUAUAUCGAAUUACGUUUUAUGGUUCUGUAUUUAAAUUUACUUUAUCAGUGUAUUGUGCUUAGGACUACAUAUCCCAUCAUUCACCUGUCUGCCUCUUCCUGACUCAGCAGGUUAUGUGUGUAUUAGCUUAUAAAUUAAAUCUGUUUACAUUUGUUUUAAUAGGUGGUGUGUUAAUGCAUUUUAAUUGUAAGAGCCUAAUCCUAAUCUAGCCUAACGUGUCAAAUAUCAUUUAGAUUAACUCUACUAUAUUACAAAAUCUAGCCGUGAUAAAAUUACUUUAGUUUAUAAAAUAUAUAUAUAUAUCCAAAUAGCAUCUGGGAUUACAGUGGGAAUUGAAUGAAUUUAGGGGGUGAGUAUUUACGGUAAGGACAUACCGCAGUGCAAAGACUAUAAAUAUAUGUGCAGCGAUGGACGCGGUCGCAGUGAUGAGACACUGCUCGCCAUUCUCAGUGGGAGCGUUGGAUCAUUUUGUACUUUUAUGGAAAAAGAAGAGAUUGCCUUUUUAAAAUGUAAUCCAUGCUAACCAAAUUAGCAUUUCCCUUUUAUCACCAGCCAGUCCUUUAUUUUUUUUUAUUAUUAAUUUUUUAAAUAAGAACCGCAUGUUCAUUAUUUCGGGGCUGGUGGAAGUUGGCUCUAUGUAUAUAUUUUUGUGUCUUUGUACUUUGUAUAAGAAAUCCAAAGUUUUACCAUUUUAGGGUCCAUUGCAUUUUAAUGUGCAGUUUAGAAAUGAUGAUCCGAAAACCAGCAUUCCAAGUUCUGGGAGGAAAUGUGGCUGCGUGAUUUCUUGAAAAUAAGUCUUUCAGGAAACAAACAAUUUCUGAAUUAAUCUACUAAUAAUUGUACGUGUGCACACUGCUUGCUGAAUGGAUCAAUAACGUAUAGAUUAGCAGAAGAAAUACGCCAUGAAUUACAAUAAGAUUAUUUGGCUACAUCCUUAAAUAGGAAUUAAGUUGUUAUGGUGCCAGGAGUUCAUUUCCUUCAGGGAUGGUGUAACCCCAAGGUCUUCUGUCAUGCACCGUUUAACUUUUUACCUUCCACAUCCGCUUGAGUCCGAGGCUUGAAACAGGUUGCCUCGUACUGGGCACUGCUGAGAACAUCAGCUGACACUCGGCAUGUCCGAGGCACCAAAUUCACAAAAUGGCCUUAGAAACAUAUAAACAACCAGAAGUGGAGGGGGCAGAGUUAAACAGCAUAGAACAGACGCACUGGGGGUUAAAUAGUUUAUUAGCUGUUUAACCCCUGAAUGUAAGCUGGCACUAGCAAGAUUUAACUCUGUGAGCCCAUUAGGGCUUAUAGCUCCCAGUGACACCGUUCCUAAUCUGAACACAAUGCUCGAUUUAUAGCCUGCAAAGGACUUGGCUCAUUAUUUAAUGGCUGAUAUUGUUUGCGGGGAGAGUGUACUUUCUGUACCGAGACAGCUUUUAGGCGGGUCCUGUGAUCUCCCGAAUAGUGCUUGUUGGUGUAUGUGUGCACGAGGAAUCUGUACAAUUUGUGCCGCAGGUAUGGGUGUGAGUAAUAAGAAACCCUGUCACGUUGAAUCACUUGUGCAGGAAAGUGAUUGUAAACAAAGUUAGAACUUUCACUGCUUCCUGUUAAUCAUCCCAGAACACUGCUGCCUGGCCACGUUAAGCGUUGAGCGCACAAACACAUUGUUCUGCCACGGUUACCUCACACUUAAUUAACACCUGGUACAAUGGGUGCUACUAAUUAGAGUUUUAUCCUCCUGCGUUCCAGAACAUUGCUCACCACUUUCAUUUUUAGGGACAUGCUAAGCACCAUAACCACUUAUACUGUUGGAAUAGGUUGCGGUGUGAUGAGAUCCUUGUGUCCCUACAUUCGAUUAAUGACAGCCACUGCUAUGAUCACCACAGCUUAAUACCCCUCUUUAACGUCACAGUGCUGUGCUUCCUUCGACCUGUACCAGAUCCCAUACAAACAUUCUACGUCCCCUAAGGGUCUGCACAGGUUCUUUAAAUGAACGAUAAAGGGUCAGAAACACAAACAUGUAUUCUGAAUCUAUACUGUUAAUACCACCAUCCAGCCCCCCCUGGCUCCCCUUGCCUCCUUAAAGGGACACUGUAGGCCCCCAGACCACUUCAGCUAAUUGUAGUAGUCUGGGUGCUGUGACCCUUUUACACCAGUUCCAAAGAACUGCAGUGUUUACAUUACAGCUCUAAGUCUGCCCUCUGUGGCUUUUGGUCCGUUAUCUGACGCCGGACAUCCUCACGGACCUCCGGCAUCAGAUUUCCCCCAUAGGAAAGCAUUGAAUAAUGUGCACGUGGCCAUUUCUGCGCAUGCGAAUCAGGUCUCCCCCGCCGGCUGAUGUCAGUGGGGGAGGAGCGUGGGCAGAAACUGACCCAGUGCCAAGGGACAUCGGUGCUGAAUUCAGGUAAAUGGCUGAAGGGGUGGCUGAGGGGGGCACUCCAUAAGCCUAUAGUGCCAGGAAAACGGGUUUGUUUUCCUGGCACUAUAGGAUCCCUUUAAAUCUAGUAAAAUCUUACUUGUAGUCAAGUCUGCAGCUGCGGCCUAUUCCCCUGACAUGCCUGCUUGGCUGACAUUAUCAGAAGUGAUUCUCUGAAACAAUCACAAUGCUUUCCCAUAUGAUUGGCUGAGACUGUCAAGGAGGCAGAUCCAGGCCUGGCCAAUCAGCAUUUCCUCAUAGAGAUACAUUCAAUCAAUGCAUCUCUAUGAGGAAAGUUCAGUUUCUCCAUGCAGAGGGAGGAGACACUGAAUGGCAGUACUGCACAGUGAUCAGCACUGCCACAGGAAGCACCUCUGGCAGCCAUCUGAGGAGUGGCCAGUGAAGUUAUCACUAGGCUGUAAUGUAAACACUGCAUUUUCUCUGUAAAGACAGUGUUUACAGCAAAAAGCCUGAAGGUAAUGAUUCUACUCACCAGAACAAAUUCAAUAAGCUGUAGUUGUUCUGGUGACUAUAGUGUCCCUUUAACAACUUAAUUUGCACCCAUUUUCAUUUGAUUUAUUUUACUUCCCCUUUUAUGUCAUUCCUUUAGUAUUUACUCUAUUUCAUACUGCUCAUUUUUUAGGGGGUAAAAAAGAAUUACAAUCUAGUGACUUUAAUCCAAGGUUUAAAUUGUUUAUGUUAUGUGUGUUUAGCCUUACUGUGCUGGGAAACCCACAUCUGCCCUCUGAGCAAACCGUGUGAUCGGGAACAUCAAGGUCCCCCCCUCCCUACUCUUUACCCGGAGCAUAACGCGGCAUCUGAAUACCAUGGAUUGAACUGAACAUGGUACCAAAAACCUUCAAACUAAUCUAUAGAGCUGAUAAAAUAGUAAAGAGUUUAAAGGUGAAGCCAGUUAUGAAAUAUUUCGUAGCUUAUUUGAACUCCAUUAUCUCUACUGCUUCUUCGAUAAUCAGAUCUGCGAAAUAUAAUGUUCUGUUUGUUCAGUGCCAUUUUAAAUCCUUGCAGCUUGAUGAUAAAUUACUUAUUUUCUAAAAGAAGCUGACCACGUCUGUCUCCAAGAAAUGAAAUGUUCUGCAGGUGCCACGGAAACAGGUGACUUCCAUUAAAAAUGCUAGAAGCUGGCUGUGCCAGUCGGAUUCUUCUUAAAACAAUGUGAGGCAUAAUUUGAAAUGCCAGCUGACUGUUCAGCAGCGCAUGCAGCAUUUAGCAUAGAGCUUGUAAGCAGACGCACUUGGUAUUGUCUGACUGAACUUAAAGGAUCACUAUAGUGUUUUCCUGACACUAUAUAGUCCUUAGGUCCCCCCCACCCUCAGGGCCCCCCUCCCUUGGCGCUGAAGGGGUUAAAACCCCUUCAGUAACUUACUUUAAUCCAGCGUCGGGCUCCCUCGGUGCUGGUGACCUCUCCUCCCCCGCUGACGUCAGCUCUCGAGUGGAGCGGAAUGCGCAUACGUGGCAAGAGCCGCGUGCGUGCAUUCAAACAGUCCAUAGGAAGGCAUUUCUCAAUGCUUUUCUAUGGACGUUCUGCGUGAUCGAUGCGAUUUUCGCAUCCAGUAUCGCAGAAGCGCCUCUAGCGGCUGUCAGGAAGACAGCCACUAGAGGUUGGAUUAACCCCAAAUGUAAACAUAGCAGUUUCUCUGAAACUGCUUUGAUUACAGCUGCAGGGUUAAAACCUGGGGGACCUGGCAUCCAGAUCACUUCAUUGAGCUGAAGUGGUCUGGGUGAAUGUAGUGUCAGUUUAAUUCACGUUACAGUUAAAAUGCGUUCUGUACAUUUACUAUUUGUAAAAUCCAACACAACGUGUAGAUUCAAUGUUAGAAUCCACCGUAAGCCCUUGGCUUCGACAUUUGCACGUUGCCCUGACAGGUCCCUGCAAAUCUUCUCGUUUGUUGCUGGUGAGGUUAGACUCGCGUGCCACAGUUUGCUAACUGGCUCGAUUCCCACUGUCUGUACUAAGUACAGAAACAGCCUGAUAAAUUGCAAGUAUUAGGGAAGAAAUUCGCAGAAGGGAAAAGAUCCUUUCAAGGUGUUUAAAGGACCAUUGAAGUCACCCAGGCUAUUUAAUCUCAAUUAAUUGGUCUGGGUGCAGUGGCCCUGUCCUUGUAACCCUGCAGUGUAAAACUGUGCUUUUUUAUAGGAAAUGCAAUGUUUACACUGCAAGGUUAGAGGGACACUAUAGUCACCUGAACAACUUUAGCUUAAUGAAGCAGUUUUGGUGGAUAGAACAUGCCCCUGCAGCCUCAUUGCUCAAUCCUCUGCCAUUUAGGAGUUAAAUCCCUUUGUUUAUGAACCCUAGUCACACCUCCCUGCAUGUGACUUGCACAGCCUUCCAUAAACACUUCUUGUAAAGAGAGACAUAUUUAGGCUUUCUUUAUUGCAAGUUCUGUUUAAUUAAGAUAUUCUUAUCCCCUGCUAUGUUAAUAGCUUGCUAGACCCUGCAAGAGCCUCCUGUAUGUGAUUAAAGUUCAAUUUAGAGAUUGAGAUACAAUUAUUUAAGGUAAAUUACAUCUGUUUGAAAGUGAAACCAGUUUUUUUUUCAUGCAGGCUCUGUCAAUCAUAGCCAGGGGAGGUGUGGCUAGGGCUGCAUAAACAGAAACAAAGUGAUUUAACUCCUAAAUGACAGUGAAUUGAGCAGUGAAAUUGCAGGGGAAUGAUCUAUACACUAAAACUGCUUUAUUUAGCUAAAGUAAUUUAGGUGACUAUAAUGUUCCUUUAAUGUAUUUGUUUUGGUGAGUAUAGUCAGUCCCUGCAAGCUUUUUGCUGUAAACACUGUCUUUUCAUAGAAAAUGCUGUGUUUACAUAAUGGCCUAGGGAUACCUUUACUGGCCACUCCACUGAUGGCUACUAGAGGUUCUUCUUGCGGCAGUGCUGCACAGUGUGACUGACAUUCAGUGUCUCCUCCCUCUGCAUGCAGACACUGAACUUUCCUCAUUGAUUCAAUGUAUCUCUAUGAGGAGAUGCUGAUUGGCCAGGCUGGCGUUUGGCACCACCCCACCUCCUUGACAAUCUCAGCCAAUCCAGUGCUUUCCCUAUGGGAAAGUGUUGGAUUGGCUGAGAUCAUCAAUUCUGAUUAUGUCAGCCAAAGAGGCGGAUUGGGGUGCCUCUUUGGCUGAUGCCGGCGGACCAGCAUGGUGCUGGAAAUAAGGUGACUUUUAACCCUUUGUAAGGUGGCUGAGGGGAGGCAAAUGGUGUUUGUUUGUUUUUUAUUUAUUCUUUAUUUUUGUAUUGCAUUGCAGGAUAACAAGUAAAGACAGAGACAAUGCAGUGAGAGUAGGAGCAAGAGGUUACAAGACAUGUCGGAGAUACCGCACUAUUUUUUUUUUUAAAUUACAGGAAUACAAGUCGCUUAUGUGACGUGGCAGAGGAGUAACCCCCCAAAAGGCCCCAUGUGAACUCAGAGUACAUAUGUCAAAUAUGAGUAAACUGCAAUAUAUUCCAUAAGAAUGGAAAAAGGAAAUGUAGCUAUAAAACAAAACUAGUGCCCAAUCGCUAGUAAUGAGGCAGAGGAGGGAAAGUUCCGCUCAGCUCAGCCUAUGCCUUGCAAGGGCCAGGUAGUGUCCCUCACCAGAAACUGCCCCAGCAAGCAUGAUAGCUCAUAGGUAAGUAUGAGAAACAGCAUGGCUUGGAGACAUGGCCGUAAGGCAGCAGCACACAAGCCGUUCCGUCCAUCAAGUAAGCAUGUAAGCGCAACAUCAGGGUGCCGCCAUAUCCAGAGGGGUUGUUCUCAGUAAACGCCGAGAUGUGUCUCUCCGGGCGCUGGCGUACAGGACAGGUCUGAUCAGGAGUGGGCUCCACUUCUCACAGCCCGUCUGCAUGUGAAGGACUGUGAGGCACGAGGUCUGGCUGGAGAUCAGGAGUCCACAUAUGAGCGGGCAGCUUCGCAAAGAAGGCGUCGAAUAGCUCCGUCAGCCUACUCUCCACAUUCCAUCUCUCACCGCAUGGGUUAGGCGAGUAUGGCUGACCGCCAUUGUACUGGUAGGGUCGGUACUGCUUGUAAGUGUCGCUUGGGCACAGCGUAGUAGUGGAGCCUUUGGGGUUUGGACCAGUAUCACCCCCACCAGUCCAGACUGGGGCUGUAGUAGGAUUUAGCGGUAGUCCAGUAUCCGGCAAGCCGAGGGGGGGGUUCGCCUUUCCCAUCCAGGCCUCACUGCGUCCUUCUUUGGUGGUAGAAGCAAUCCAGUUAAUGUGCUCUAGGAGAGCCCCAAAAUAGCGGGAUAGCGGUAAGUCUCUUUUAGCUGCAAAAAUAGUGUCCCAAGGGGCAGUAAACACGGGUAAAUAAGUAGUUAAGUUGGGGGCUCUUUCAGAAUGCGUUCGACUGCUAUGCAGGUCAGGUCCCGUCCCCCCUAAAUGGUGGUUUUAACAACAUAGGGUCAGGAAUAUACGUUUGUGUUCCUGAAACUAUUGUGUUCCUUUAAAUUCACCAGAUUUCUAGCCUCUCUGAACUGACCGAGUAAAACAGAAGCCCCCAUAGGAAAGCAUUUAUUCAGCUUUGGAUGCAUUUCCUGCGCAUGUGGUCUGAUCUCCAAUAUGGGGAGCAAAUGAUUGGAGCAUCGCGGAGGAGACUAUGAUGUCAUAGGAGGCGGAAAGGUGAGCAGUGUACUGAGUGCUUGAAAAAAAUAGAAAUAACUAUAUCUUACUAGGGACAGGGGCAGUAAAGCGUUAGGAAUUCAGUUUUCGUGUUUCUUUUAGGAUUACAGCGAAUUAUAUUAUCUGCUCAAUAUACCAUUCAUCACUACAACUUGAAUUAAGUUGUUGAAUUCAGAUAUUCCACAAGGAGUGUGUGUACAGUAUGCAAUAACCUUCUGUACUCUCUAUGUACUAUUAGCCGAUAUUGUUUAUGCAUAGAUGUGUUCGGUGAUAGACGGGCUCUUCUCAGCUGUAAAUCUGCAACUCGUGUUGGAUAAAAGUUAUUCUGAAACUGUCACGUAAUCUUAUGCUUGAGAGAAAGGUUUGUGCAGACAAGUACUUUUAAGGUUAUAAUCUGAAUUUGGACAUUUGCAGCGUAUUACGAUGAGAGAGAGAGGUUUGUGCAUGGGGUACAAACAACAAAACCAAUUGCCAAGAAUUUGCUUUUGAGAGGACUUAACCCAAAUUUAACUGAGUUAAAUGAGCUUAAAGGAUCAGACUCCGUGAUCUGUGCCUUAGCAUUUAGUUAAUGUUCUGCUGCUAAAAGAACAAGGAGUAAACCUGUUUUCUAGUUCUAUAAUUCGUUCUGUGUACCUUACUAUGAAUUGCAGGGCUUAUUUUUGGUGUUGCGCAGUGAAGUAGCCAUUUUAGAACAUUUGGUGAUGUGACACAAGCCUCUACAAAGGCUUUGUUAGGAGCUAAAACUCCUGUGCCCAGUCUCUUCUAAUUUAUUGCCAUCGGAGUUUGGUCAUCUCUGGGAUGGAGACACGAUUACUACUUCCUAUGUGUGCCAACCCAUCGUUCCCUUCUCCACAUGCCUCUAAGUGUCUUGAUCACAUUCUUGUGACUACAGAUCUUGUGCGUCACUUAGACUUUAUUUAAUAAGACAGGAUAAGUUAAUUACCUUAACUUCAUAACUGUUUUAUAUAUCGCACAUUUAUGACCACAAAUGAAUAUGCAAUACAGGAUCCUCGACAUGCGGUACAGUCGCAUAUUCCGUGUUUUGACUUUUCUGCCUGUUUGUGAAUUUAGACAUGCUUGGUUGGUUUUUCUGUUUGGAUUGUACUAUGUGUUUGACAGAUUCUGGGUAGACCGCUGGGUGAUGAACACGACGUUAAAAAAAAACUUAAAAGGCCUUAAAUACUUUUUGACAUUUUUGAGUGUUCCCUUUUGUCCAUUCGACCUAAACGAUGUUCACCAAGUGUCCUGUGCUUCAGCUUUUUUCAUGUUAUUUUCAAAUUUAUUUCCUGCUUCACCAGGGCAUAGUCUAAGAAAGAGACAACCGAUCACAUGUGACGGCCACGCAGCCUGCACAGCGUAUGCAAACGUCAGGCCAGUUAAUGUAUCUGUCGGUCAGCUCUGCUCAGUGUGUAAAUAUAUCAGACAGGGCAGUCAGUGUUGAAGUCUCUGCCAAAGAUGUGUCUGUGGAUUAAAGCAUCUUUGGUCAGAUUGUAAUGUUCCGAGAUAUUUAUCAUAUUGGUUUAUGGCAUCAAAAAUUGAGGGGAAAAAAAAUUACAAUAUGCGUACUAAGCUAAAAAUAGUUUAAAGUAGUUUUAAGUAGCUAAAAAUAGUUUAAAGAACUGGAAAUUGGUGGGGGGUGGGGGGGAACUAGUUUUUGAUACAAUUAAAAUCUUGAAGCAGCUUCAUAAAGAGUGAGAUAGGUAAACCUAAAGAACAUUCGACCCACGUUUUUUAUUUUUCUAAUCUUUAUAAAGCUUGGGCACUGCUUAAUCAUUAUCUCCAAAUGAUGCGUGGGUACAAUAUGGUGGUUAAAAAUAUGCACGAUAAUAAAGCACAUCCUUGCUUCCGAGCGGAUAUUCUACAAAUUAAGACACCUUUCUAAAAUGAUGGAUUUUUGCACAAAUUACUUUUCCAAAGAUACCAUAUGUAACCUGGUAGAUUUGCUCUGAUUCUUCAAGAUAAUUCCUUCCUGCUCUACUUUGUAAACACAAAGCAGAAUGAGAGGCCUAGAUGAGAUAGUAGAGCGUUUGCUCAUUGCGUCCAUUAGACCCAAGUAGGUCCAGGUGUUAUAUUUCCGUAAGGCUGUAUAAAACGUGAUGGUUUGUUGGAGUGAUACAGGAGAUCGCCUUUUUCAAGCCUUGUUUGGCUGGAAGGAUCAUUACAUUGAGCAUUUCUUUACCUACCGGUGGUAUUAAUAAAUAAAGAUGGAUAUCUGGACUGUGCACGUGUUUAUGGAACACGCUAGCCGAAGAUUCAAAUUAAAAAUAAAAAGCGACGCACAAUGCUUUGUAUGAAAAUGGAUACGGAGAUUGUACCCGUGUCUAUGGGAAGGCAGAGAUCUAAACUAAACAAACAUCUACUUAAAAUGGUUCAAAUAGAGCUCAGACAAUGACGUUUACUGGGUAAAGGUAACCGGUCAUAUUAAUCGUAAAACACCUUGUAUAACGUAUUGAAAGUUUAGGAAACUUUCAGACAGAUUUCUAAGAUAUGUUUAGUAAUGGAUUCAGCCUGCUGUGAGCCAUUUUUUUGCCCAGAGACAAAGCAAGCAAAAAAUUAAUGUGUUUAUUUAUGUCCAGAUUUAUCAAGGGACCUUCAAUUUCCAUUAUACAGCGCUACGGAAAUUGCUGGCGCUUUAUACAUAAUAACAUUUUAAAAAUAAUAAUAAUAAAGCAUGCUAUUGCUCAAUUGUCCUCUAAAAGAUUGUUCGAUAAUGAGAUAACGGUGAUUUCUUUAGAUAGAAUACUAGACCUUCUGUUGUAUGACCCAUACUAGUGAUGUUAUAACAUGAUUCUUUUCUGUGUCUCCCUGGUCUGGGGUGAGCAGUUUAAUAUUAGAAUGGAUUAUAAGGUAAGGCCGGGUUUGUGAGCAGAUUUAAACAGUGCCCCAGAAUAACUGAAAAGGUUCCAGAGAAGAAGAUUUAAUAAACUUGUUUGCACGGCAGACUUAACUUUAUCUGGGGCAAGUUCAGAGGAGAAAAAUUAUUCUUUGCCAACAUAUCCAACCACUGAGAUUUUACUUUGAUAUCAAUUUUUCCUUACUUGGAUAUUUGCAAAACUCGUGAUUGAGUGCUGUUUGUUGGAAACUAGACUGUAAAAAUAACAAAGUUUUAAAUCGCAGUAACUGCAAAUUAAAAAGAAAUUUCUGACUUCUCCUGGAUUUUCCAAGGCAAUCUGAUUUAUGUGAGACAAUGAGCACAUUUUAAUCAAUUCUAGGAUCUUGGGUCCAGUCAUACCAUCUAGUGAAACAAACAUACAAGGACAUUACAAUCUCAUAUCUGAUGUCUAUUGACAUGUUAAAGUGGCUCUGUCACCUACCCAGAAAAUGAGCAUAUCGGAUAAAAUGUAUACAAAAUGCUCAUAAAGAACAUGUUUCUAUUUUAUUGAACUUCCAACACAGCCAAAAUAUAUCAUAAGACAAUUUGAUGUAGUCCCAGCUUGACAAGUGCAGAGCCACCGCCGUGAAGUUUUGUCAUUUUCUCCAGCUGUUUCUAGCGACCGCAAUGGGAAUUAGGCACUGUAUCGGUUCUGCUGGAUCCUUCAUAGACCUCAGUGUUAUGCUCUUGCACAUGUUCGAGAGUACAGCACUGAUGUGGGAGCCAGAAACUGACGAUUGAAGAUGGCGGUGCACUCUGAGACCAAUAUCCAGUAAGUAUAACGAACGUCCACUGCACCACCAGGCCACCACACACCAAGCAAGGAUAUCACCAUGGGGGAGUCUUUGCAGAGACUCUAGAAGGUGACAGCCACUUUGAUGGCUGCUAAUGAACCAGUGAUGGUGUUGUAGUGAUCACAAUUCCACCAUUGUUGCUGGAGACAGUGGGCCCUAUACCUUGUGUAUAACACUCGAAUAUUUGCAAUCACAUCCUGCUGUAGAACAGUUAUUGACACUUUAGCAAGUCCAUCAAAAACCUUCAACUUCUCGACACCUCAAAGUGACUUAUAAAAACUUUUCUAUUAACUAAGCAAUACCCAAACAUGAAUUUGGCGUGAGAAGAAGGUACUUCGCAAACACUUCCCCUGACUUAAAAAUGUAUACAAGCAACAUUAUUUAUUGAUACCAAGUAAAGCACAAAAAAUGACUGCAACUACAAUAGAACUAUCAAAAAUUGAUCACCUAAUACAUUCACACAGAUAAAACACACACACAGCGAUAUCCCUGUGGAACAUAAUAGAUUAUUGAUCCUUCACAAGUUAAUCAUGAGUCUCGAUUCUAAAACAAUAUCUGAAUUCAGAGAAAAAAGUUGGCGUAAUUUGGAUUGUGAUCGCUUUGGCAACUAUAGGUUAUUAAUGUCAGAAUGUCGUGUUAGAUGUAUAUAGUGAUGCUCAAUAGGAACCAUCGGCUCACGUUAAUAAUCCCAGUUCAUGCUUCUUAAAACGCAAGAGCGAAGGCUACGACUGGUUCUCAUUUGAUAACCAUGGAUCAUUGGUCAUCGCAUGGUCAUUAAUUCAGUACGUUGCUACAAACCAACCUAUAUAGAUGUUACAUUGUAACAAUGACUGAUCUGCAUUUCCUACAGUCCAUAACCCCAGAUACCAUUUUACUUCCCCGCACUGUAAUGCUGAAAUGGUUAAGAAAGAAUCGGGAAACAAAAUACAGAGGGAUCAUGCGAUUUCAUCAAAGCUAUUUCUGUAAGCGGCAAAUUUGAGAGUCACGCCAAUCAGACACUUGGACGACUCUUUAAUCAGCUUGCUUUCUGUACCCUUUCUUACUUUGAUUGCCGCAUCCAGAGUGCAGACUUUUAAUCAGGAUUUUCAGCUGUUUGUGACGGAUCGGCUAAACUCUGCAACAGCUCACCUCCGCCCUCUGCUGGAGUCAGAAGGAAUUCAUAGCUUAUUGUUAGAGCAAUUUGUAGCAAAACGAAAGCUUUUUUCUUUUACAGCGUUCAAUAUGGGAACAUUUGAAAGAGUUACUGCUAAAGCAGAUAAAAGGUAGAGACUAAUUUUUACAUAAAUAUUUCAUUAAAGUAAGAAGAAAUGGAAUCUGAAUUAAUUCUGCUUAAAAUUUAUUCGCUUUACGAUUGUAAUGUUUUGGGAUUUUAGCAAACACAAACAAGUUUUUUUAAUACCAAAAUGCGCUUUUUUAUUGUUGUCAUAGUUACUGUUAUAAUUCAUACAUUGCGCAGUGCUGAGCGCAGUAAGUCACUGGAUGUAAAAGUCCUGUAAAGUUGCGUUUAUUGCAGUGGUUGCUGGAUUGCAGUGCUAUGGUUCGCAGUGGUUUUCCUAAGCUGGAUUGCAAUGACCGCGCUUGCGGUGGCUCCCGCGACAUUGGCCUCAGCAAAUCAGGAAAGACCAAACCUCCCGAACUCUCUAUAACGCUCGCGCAGGAGGUCAGCUGACUACUGAUCAGGGAGACCUUUAGCGGAGGGGAACAACGUGAAAAACUAUGGGGUCCACAGCAAGCUGUGGGGGCUGCAACCGUGUUCAUGCAUCACCGUUUGAAGUUUGGGCACUCAUCUGUCCGAUUCACAAACUGCGGAACAGCAAAUUUGAUAGCGAACGGAAUGUGAACCUGUUGGAAGAUUUUGCUUUGACGUGUUAUGUGCAGCUUUGGUCUAUGCUCCAUAGCAACAUAGCAAAAAAUAGCAGCUUCUGUGAACAACACAUAACAUGCAAGCGGCACAGCCUUGUAGAACAAAAGCGUUGCCGCCUGCUUUAUUUUAGUUUCCAUCUCGCCGUGGUUUGUCAGUUCGUGAAGUAUAAAAGGGCAGGUCUGUGUCAUUGCAAGCUAAUUUUUGGUACUCGCUUCAUAUAAACUCCUUUUUCUUUCCAAAUGCUAAGUGAUUUCUCUUAUUUUUCUUUUUUUUCUCCACAAUGGCGCUUUGUUACCGGGUUCAGUUGGGUCGCUGCUAAAACCAUCCAGUGAAAUGCUUGAACUCUUGUACUUUUCUUCUUUUUGUAUUUUUUUCCCCCUUAUUUCAACUUUUGUCAUAUUUGUGUACUUUGUUAAGAAUAUUGUCUCCGUUUGGAAUUUCAGUAUAAAAGUAGACUUUUUGCAGAGGUCGGUUUACAGAACAAUCCAUUGAAAAUUGUUUUGUUUUUACAGUUUAGCCGAUAUAAUCUCAAAGAAUACGUGCAUGUUUCUUUAUUUUCUGCAUGUUUUCUAUGGGGUGUAUGGAAAAAAAACAACUUGGAAAUGCUGCAGACCUGCUAUCUGCAGCAUUUGAAAACCCUCCUUAACAUUCCAUUAUUUAGACUUCUAGUCUGUGCCGUGGAAUACACCAAUUAGAGGCUUUUCAGCUGCUGAACUGCAUUAUGUGUCUGGUGCGUUACUUCUGAAUCAGGGCAGAUUUUUGAUGUAGUUUAAAGUUGUUGUUUUUUAUUAUUAUUAUUUUGAUAUUGUUUAUUUUGUUUGAAAUUUACUUUUUCAACCUGUUUUUUUUCACCCCAAGCUAUUUUAGACUAUUACUCUUAACAUUCCUUAGCGAUACUUUUUAAAACUGGAUACCACUUUAACCAGUCUUAAUUAAAUGAAAUACGGGGGAGAAAAAUACAAAAAGUUGUGCCCAACAGAAUUUGUGUCAAUAAAAGAGAACAUUUUAAAUGUGAUUUUCAGCCUGGAUUUUUCCUUGUGUGAUAUUUCUGUUGUUAGACUUUAUAUUUAAGAUUGAUAACACUGAUCAUUUUCUUUCAGGUCAGAUUUUGCCAUCAAACCGUAACACUCCAAGCCCAAUCGACCCAGAAUCCAUCCAGGUGGCUGUGGGCUACGACCCAGACCCAGCAGACCUAGCUCUCUCCAGCAUCCCAGGUCAAGAGAUGUUCGAUCCGCGAAAACGCAAGUUUUCGGAGGAAGAGCUUAAGCCGCAGCCUAUGAUAAAGAAAGCGCGCAAGAUCUUCAUUCCAGAUGAUCUGAAGGUAAUUUGGAAACAGUGUGCAAGAUAAUUACUGACAUGGGGGGGUCCAUUAGGAUCUGUGUUUAUCUUUCAUCAUUAAAGGGACACGCCAGACAACGACAGCAUUUUAGCUUGCUGCAGUGCUUUAUGUGUGAAGAGUGUGUCCUCUUUUUUUUAUUUUACAAAAAGUGUGAAUUUCUGUAGAAACUGACACUUUUUUAUAAAAUACACUGGUUACAGCCCACUGGCAGUUAGACACCUGAUCCUGUUACAUCCUGGUUUGGUUAGCUCAGUGGAACUCAAGAGGCCACUAUUGCCCAGAGCACCUGCCUUGCAAAGACUACUCAUUGAGCUGCAUUAGGAUGUCUGUGACUGGACAGCAAAAGAAAAUCUGGGCGGGGUUAGAAUAGGACGACUUGCAAAGGCUGCAUACAAGAGAUCUACAGCGUUUGCAAGCUGUUUUUGAUCUACCCCAAAUGAAAAAUAAACUUGCUUUCAUUGGGGCUAUAUCUACUAAGCAGUGAUUUUUUUUUUUCGUAUUUGGAGAGUAAAGUGUCCCUUUGAUCUUAUAAACUAUGUGGCUAACACAGUCUACUCCAGGGUGGAUCUACCAAAAAGCCAAGAUCUAAAAACUCACUGAUUAUACCUUUUUCCUUUUAUAACCUCCCAUGUCCCAUUCGCUCACAUUUAAAUAUGACCAACAACCGAUAAUGCAAAUAAAAAGGAAAUACUGUAUCGGGCAAGCAAAUGCAGGCAGCUAAUCCGAGACCAAGACGUAGCUCCACCAAUCAGGAGCCCCUCAUUUUUGGUGUAUCAGGGUCUGAUCCCAUAAUUUCCCUGACCAGCUUUGGCCUCAUUACAUAAGUAGUUUCACUUGUCUAACAGAAUGAAUUAAUAUGCUAAAUAAGCCAACAGAACAUGCCGCAGCUGAUAUCACUUCACACAUAGUUUGCUCGAGUGUUUUUUAAACUAGGCCUUCCUACGGCGUCUAGCAAUCCCAAGAUAAACAAAUCUAAUACUGAAAAGGAGGAAGUAAAAUAACUCCUCUCAGCGUGGAGCAGAGAACGUUCAAAAUCAUACCCAUCUCAAUGAUGCAACAUUGUUAUGGUGUUUGUAGUUAGCUUUUAAAGGUAUUCGGACAUUAGAAGGGAUGGACGUCUCGUUUACCCUUUGUACAACACUGCCGACUAUGUGGGUGCUUUAUAAAUAGCAAUGGGUAUUUUUUAAAGUGCCCCUGAUUUGCAUUUGGGGGAGCUCUAAGCAACACAACACCCACAGCACAGUUUAUUAUCACAGCUUCGUAUAACAGCUAUGUCUAGGAUUUCAUUUGAAGUGGGGUCUUCAUGGGGCCCAAUAACUUAACUGUCAGUAUUGUCCAACCACAGAGCCCUGUGCUAAACUGCGAGCUGCGUAUCUCUUUAAUGCCAUGUAUCUUCCAAUCAGUUAAAGUGUCCUGUGCAUCAUCUUUAUGUAAAUGAGCUCAGCGGACGUACACCUUAUUUGCAUAUUGAAGCGAAGUGUUAACAGUACUAAGCCUGGGCGAGGAAUAUAACGCCUUGGGCGCCAUUUAUACGGCUGAAGUGUAAACUUAAUGCUACAAAAAAACUUUUCCAAUGUCCCUGUUAGUCAGUGAGCUGCGUGUGACCUGCCAACAACUCCUUUAUGUACGACAUCCGUGGAUCACGCUCCCAGCGCGUUAACUAGCGACACGCAGGCUGCAACGGUGCACAAAUACAUAUUUUAUUUACAUUCUUAGAGCUUUUUAAGCUGACUUACUCCAAGUCUGAAGGGAAUGCAUUUUAAAUGGUGCCAGUUCCACGUGGUCGUGACAUUAGAGAAGUCACCUAUUUUAACUUCCUUUUGUAAGCAGACACUGGCCAGUAAGAUCAACGUGCACUCAGUAUAUUUUCUCUGCAGCUAAUCACAUCAGGUGCUGCGCUCACUUAUCAGAACGCUUAAUCCGGCUCGCUGUUCCACCGCAGACUGCUGAUUGGCCGUUUGAUCCUAUGGCAGCAGUAAGGAGAUUAAGGCUCUCCGUCGCUGCUGUAGCGCACGUGAUCACAGUUCUCCAACCUUGGCUCCAUCAGGACAGGAUUAAAGGAUUUGCUGGAGCAAUUUGUUAAAAUAAGGAUAGAUAUGACUCAGGUGACUUUGUUAAUGAAUUGCUUUAAAACUGAUUUUGUGGUAAGUGAACUAGAUUCAAAAACUAAAAGAUACAAUUUGGGUCAGAUGUUCUAUAACCCAAAGAGAAUAUUAUCUAAGAUCCUGAACAAUAUACCUGAGCAAUAAAUAGAGGAUUAUUUUUUUUAAUUUUCAGUGAUUCUCGGAGCAUUCUGGGACAUGUUUUAAAUGCCACAUUUGGUGCGGACACAUUCAUAUAUCAAGACACGUUAUUAGUUUAUUUAUUCUAUGUAAGCCAUUUGUCAAACACUAGGUAUAGAUUAAAUAAAUAAAGAUUAAAACAAUGCUCAGUCAUAUUAUGUCCACUUGACAUCACUUUGUGAAUAUUUCCUAAGAACAUUAAAGGAACACAUUACUGUCCAAAUACAAAAAAAAGAAAAGAAAAUCCACUGUUUAGUAGAUAUACAACUAUUGAAAACAUGCAUAAUUUAAUUUUUUUUUUCCAUUUAUAUCGAAAACAGCUUGUGAACAUUGCAGAUCUCUUGUCUGCAGCCUUUGCAAGCCCUCCCCUUCUAGCCACACCCAGACUUUAUGUGGCUGUCCAAUCACAGACUUCCCAAUGCAGCUCAACGAGAGGUCUUUGCAAGGCAGGAACUCUGGGUAAUUGCUGCCUCUUGAGUUAAGCUCCACUGAGCUAACCAAAGCAGGAAGUAACAGGACCAGGUGUCUGAUUGACAGCCAUGUAGUGUAACAAGGUUCAUUUAUAAAACUGUCCAUUUCUGCUGAAACCUGCACUUUUUGUAAAAUGAAAAAACGCAUUCUUUACACAGCAAGGUAAUGUAUUUGUUGUGUCCCUUUAAAGGGAUAUCUGUGUCAUGUACGAGAGAAUGUUUAGUAAUAUUAUUAUUAUUAUUAAUGGUAUUUAUAUAGGGCCAACUUAUUCAACAGUCCUUUACAAUAUUAUCUAGAUCUAAUGUUGGACUAGCAGCUUAAGGGUUUGUCUGUGUAUUUAUUGCAAGAACAAGGGCUAUCUUGCACUGUUAUUUUCGUAAAAGUGCUACAAAAGUUAGAAUAUAACCUUGAAAUAAUAGAGCUCUGGCCUGUUGGAGCCUGAGCUCAAACUUCACAAUAUCUAAAUAUCUAACAUGUGGUGCCCAAGGGUUUGGUGUAGUUCGGGCAAAGGAUAAUGGGGUUUAGUUCUUCAGCCAUAGGAGAGCUAAAUGUUGCUCACCCUUUGUUGACUGGCCCUGGAUGUCAUCAAUAUUUCCUGAUUAAAGUGAUGUAUGUGUUUAUGUGUUUGUUUUUUUAUUCGGAAAUCUAAUAUCUUGUUUCCUCUUGUCUUUGAACAAAUGAGCAGGAUGAAAAAUACUGGGCAAGGCGCAAAAAGAACAACAUGGCUGCCAAGAGGUCAAGAGACGCUCGGAGGCUGAAGGAGAACCAGAUCGCCAUCCGCGCCUCGUUCCUUGAGAAGGAAAACUCUGCAUUACGGCUGGAGGUGGCCGACUUGCGGAAAGAGCUUGGAAAAUGCAAGAACAUAUUGGCAAAGUACGAGGCCAGACACAGCCCACUGUGAAUAUACACGGACACUCUGAUCCUCGCUCGUAGCACUAAACACCGAAUUCUGUCAUCAGCACUUUACUGGAAGCAGAAACAGACUGAGAAUUUUUGUAAUUACAAUUAUUUUGUUUAUUUCUAUGAGUGUUUGUAUAUCACUGCACUUUUCAUGAUACCAAGCGCUUUAGAUAGAUAUAUAUAUAUAAAAAUACAACUUUUUACCUGGGUUACAAACAAUAGGAAAAAAAACUGCCGUAGCAUAUACCAUCCGGGUAUGCUGGUCAUUGCUGAACUACCUUCUCCAUUUUCAGGCUCACUUUACUAUCCCCGACGCGUUGCACACCUUGAAGGACUGGACUGCCAGAAUGAUACACUGUCUGAAAUAGGUUCCAACAAAACAUUGUUUUACUUUUCCGACGCCACAGUGUACAUUCGCUUUCAAAACUAUCGCAAGGAUUUUAUUCGUUAACCUGGGAAUUGUGGGAAUUAACAGGGGGAAUUGCAAUUUUUUAUUGCCAGUUCUGCUUUUUUUGGGCAUGAAAUUUGCACCCCCUUCCCCAUUUUCCACUUAAUUCCCGAUUGGGUGAAUAACUGAUUCUUUUUUUUUUUAUUUCUUUUUUUUUUAUAUAUAUCAUUAAUGUCUAAAUAUUUCAUUGUAAUAUAAGAGAAUAUUUGUUAACCUGCAGUGUGCUGUAUGUAUUGCUUUGGCAGCGGUAUGGUUGAACGUCUAAGCAAAAUGAGAACACCUACCUCAUCCAGCCAUUCCAUUCUAGCUUCUGUUGGUCUGGAAGGGAUGUGAUUUGUUGUAGAACCAUGUUUUAAAAGCCCAAGGCUUAGAUUGGCCUAUGUAGGCCUUAACCCUUUAAGGACACAUGACAUGUGUGACAUGUCAUGAUUCCCUUUUAUUCCAGAAGUUUGGUACUUAAGGGGUUAGACUCACCUGGUAUCGGCUGAGAUUCCCCCUAUAUUAGAUAGAUUAACCCUAAAUGGAAAUCUCUAUAAAGCAAUAAGACUCAUCAACUCACCCCCUCUUUAUUGGCAGAUGGUUAUAAUUUAUGAGAGAACUCAAUUAUUGUCUUGUGAACCUUUAAUGACCUUCUCAAUGUUCUUGAAGGGAUAAAGGAGAACAAAGAAAUUAGAGUUGCCACGCUAUGAUAAAAUAGAAUUAUUUGUUUAAUUUCAGCCAUCAUACUUUCACCGAGGAGGAGGUAAGUUACGCCACUCCCAGCGUACUGCGUCACUGCCAUAAAUCCAUGGAAUGGUUAUGCCAAAACAUUUCAAAUGGAAAUAUCAAGGUCUGUCAAUCUUCUUCAUACCUCUUUCAGAGGCUUUUCUUCUGUUUUAUUACAAUUUAAGAUUUUCUGUACAUUUGUUACAUUUGCAGCAAAUGGUUUUGCGUGUUUUUUUUUACUGUCCUGUUUUCUUGCGGUGGCUAAAGAAUGGCAUUUAUUUAUUGUGACAGCUUACUGAAACCUUUGCAUUUUACAUUGAAGCACUUACCUUGGGACGGUUUGUUCGUUUCUCUUUUACAUUACGGAAUUCCCUAAACAUUGAAUUGCCAGAAACGCAAAGUGGAUUUCCAGUUCUAAACCAAAAUAACCAAAUUGGGGUAAAAGCUUUAAAUCACUCGUUUACUGCUAGUUACUAUUUUGACCUAAAUAUUUUAAAUUCACUUUGAUUUUACCAACAAUUCAUGCUUUAGUAACCUACCCUCCUAGUGAUUCCUGCACACCAAAUCUUUCGGUAUGUUGAGUAUCCCCUUCUAUGCACAUCUGACAUAUGCCAGUAUGACAGCCACUAGAGGUGGAUUCAACAAAAAAGGAUAGGUCCACUGCACCCAGACCACUUCAUUGAGAUUUGAUUUUAGAGGUCUUAAAAAAAAAAAAAAAAACCAGAAGAAAUACACACAACAUUUAUUUAAUGAAAAACUGUACAUUCAUUUGUGUAAACUCAAUUUCACGCACAUUCACCCACUUGCCAAUGGCAAGAAAAAGUACACCUCUGGUGACUGUGGCGUGGACCCUCCAACCUUGCAGUGACAAGUAACCUUUAAGCCUAUCUAGUAGUCUAGGCUUUAAAUUUUAAACCCUGCAUUAGAUCUAUAUUAAUAAAAUAUAAUGUUCGAAAGAAAACAGUGAAACCGACCCAUGUGCUUAAGUCAACAUUCCCUAAUACGAACAGGUGACGGACCUCGCUAUCUGUUUGGUCUGCCGUAGCAUUGGACGCAUCUGCGCAACACCUGGUUUAACUGCAAAAGGCUUCAGUAUGCGUUGUAACAGAUUGAAUGUAACAUAUAAAUGUGCCGGAGGUGAUGGUUUUGUUAUAUUUUUUAAUUUAAAAUUUAUGUAGAUGACUAUAAGAGCUAUAUUAUAACUGUACAGUUUAUUAAAGAUAAUAGAAAUUUGGGAGGUUUUACACAGUGAUUUUUUUCUUUUUAUGAACGAUGACUUUUCGAAAGGAUAUUUCAGGCAUAGAGAAAAUAAAGAUAUAAUAUAUAAAUACAUUGUACAGUAAAGAUUUGUAGUAUUUUAUGUGUGUUAUUGACUCCAGACAGAAUAUUAUGUUAAGAGCUAAUAUUACGGAUAUUUCAUUCUCCUGGUUGUCUUAGAACGAGAAUUGUUAUGACUUGUAUGUCUGUGUUAAGUCCGAAGUGAAAUUGUUCGAGUAAAAAAAAAAAAAAAGAAGAAUCUCUCUAUAUAUAAUUCUAUUGUAUUUUUGUAUCAAUUCAGCAUUCGUUCACUUGGAAUUCCCAUGAUCUGCUUUAUGUGUUAGAAUGGAG